ACGUAUGCAAGAUGUAUAUCUCUAAAUGUACGUUAUUAUACGGCUGUCUAAAAUUAGCAUCUUUAACCUAAAAUAAGGAGCCGGGGUUAUCCAUUCAUUUUCGCGAAAACUGCUUACAAAGAGACGAGGAGUUUGCAAUAUUGCAAAAUACCGAGGUAUCCGGAUUUAUUGUGAGCAUACACUCAUCCGAGCCAAGUUUUUCAACAUGAAAUGGAAACCAAUGGUAGAACAUUUACGAUUUCAUGAAAGAUGUAGGUUUGUUAUCUACCUACUCACUUAGCUGUCUUAGUUCUAUAUAGACUACUCGUCAAUCUUUGCAUAUUAUUAUUGACUCCAGCUCGAGUAGAUUUCCUUUGAUUAAUUUAUUUUGAAAAGUUUUGAAUACAAAUAAGAAAUUGAAUAAAAUGCCUCUAGUGAUAAAAGAGAAACAGCUUCUGAUCGGCUUUCUCGUCCUGCUAGUUUUACUCUCCGUCCUAUUUUUGUGGAUAAAAGUGCAGAAGCAUGGGGAGGAGAUAAGCUGGGAUUAUCAGGGUGAUAGCAGCAGUUCUAGUUCUAGUGAAGAAGACUCGAGCAUGACGACGGCCAAACCACCAAAAUGCGUGGAUUCCUCACCGGAAGCUACGUCCGAAGAAGGACUUACAACGCCUGACCCAGAUCCCGGCACUGGAGAAGAUGGAGACGACUGAAAACUAUGCCCCCGGGUGAAAUAUCAGAGCAAAAUCUUGGAACCAUCUCAUCAAUUCCUCUUCUCUUUUCCGCCUUGUAUUUAUUUCUUUGCCCAACUUUCACUUCUUCUCAAAACUUAAAUAGUACCACUAAAUUCAAACCAAUCCACUAAUUUCAACGAAAUUAUACAUAGUUUAUGAAUGCUCACACUUUUUUUAUUUCUCAGAUGAACAUAUGUACAGAUCGCAGUUCAAUCAUGUCUGAAAACAAUGUACAUAAAACAAUAAAAGACCGAAUAUUAAUAUGGGACACUCCCAAAAAGUCACAUGCUUUCUUUGCGCCUCGUGACCAGUGUGCUCUAAUUAAUUAGUUAAUAUUGUCAUACAUGAUUAGAGCUGUGCACGGGCCCGAUUUUUAGAAACCCGGCCCGCCCAGAACCCUACUGGAAAAAACCCGGCCCGCCCGGCCCUACUGGGUUUCUCUGGACAAAAAGCCCGUCCCGCCCAAAACCCUACUGGAAAAAGCCCAGCCCGCCCGGCCCUAUAGGGUUUUUCUGAAAAAAAAGCCCGGCCCGCCCAAAACCCUACAGGGUGGGGUUUUUUUUGGGUAAACCCACCCAUUUGCUGUUCGGCACGUAUUUAUCCUAAAAAACCGCAUUUGCUAAGGCUCUCGGAGACUCGAUUAGCCAUGUACACUAGGUAUUAAUAAAAAAUGCAAUAUUGGACAAAUCUGUAAUGUAUCAGUAUUUAGCAAAUCUGUGUUAUUUUAGUUUAAACAAAAAUUGAGGUCUUGUAGAGCUUAUUUAUAAUUUUGGGGAAUAAACGUAAGGUCCGACAAUGUUCCUGGGGAUAGACAAGUAUAAUCUAGAGAAGUCGUAGCACUAGUGCUCGAAAAACUUUCUGGUUUGUCCUGCCGGCAUUAUGUGUCCAAUGUUUGAAAUUGCGGCACCGCAUUAAUUAGAAAUGUCCCCUCGAGUUUGCUUUCGACAAUUUUGGGCAUAUACAUAUGCUCACUUGUUGCUGUUUGAGCUUUUUGUAAUUAACUUUCUUUAAUUUUACGAACAAAAUACGUAAAUUUGAGUUUUGUGUAGAAUUUAGCGCCCCAAUUACAUUGAUUGUCUUAAUCUCACUGAAACCGCCAGUGAAAACAAUUCCAUAUCAUUACAGAUAACAAUUCCGCUUUAGCUGGGGCUAUACUAUAAAGUUUUGUCUCAAAUUGUCAUUGUACUUUAUCACUAGGGUAAAUUGAAAAGCCCGAAGCCCUACAAAAAAGCCCGGCCCGCCCAAAACCCUACUGGAAAAAGCCCGACCCGCCCGGCCCGACUGGAUUUUCCUGGGCAAAUAACCCGGCCCGCCCAAAACUCUAUAGGGUAGGGCAGGGUAUGGCUUUUUUAGGGUAAACCCGACCCUACGCACAGCUCUAUACAUGAUAAUAAUGACACGAUAUAAAUAUAACAGGAUUUAGCGACAUGCGCUGGGAAAAGCAAUUUUAUAAAUUGAAUGUACACAGGAAAUUAAGAUACUAAUACGCAUCUAAUCUCACAAGUUAGUCCUCCACAUGCAAUUUAGUCGAUCCGAUAAUCAAGACCAAGUUUUUCUCGUUUCCUGCAAAAAUGGAAAAUUAUAUCAAAGUCUCAAAUCCAUCCGCUUUCGAAAUCCGGGCAUCAUACUUUAACACCAUGCGAUUCAUGGGAGUAUUCCCAUUUAAACUGGUUUAUGACCAGAACGAACUUCCGACAGAGACUUCACGCUUGAUAAAAAUUGAGCGAAACACUCACGGAAUAUCUGCACUAUGGUGUAAAAUUGUCCGAUUUUUGUGGACAUUGAAUACCUUGUUGGUUCUUUUCAAAUUUGGUGUUUAUCUGUAUUGGAAUCAUAAUAAAAUAUCGUCAAGGAUGACGUUGGGUUUCUUUGUAUUGGUUUUUAAUUGUGUGACGACAUUUGUAAUUCUUGUAAAAUUCAAUAAAAAUGGUGACGAGAUUUGCAGGGUCUACACGAGAUUGAUAGAAAUCGAAAAAGAAAUAUUUGACACUUACGAUACCCGUGAUGUACAAGAAGCACUAAAAGCUCACGGAAAAUUUCACCGGAUAACGAUUAGAGCUCGAAUCGUCGUGACAGUGGGCACCGUUUUCACUGCAAUUACCAAACAUUACAUGGAGCCAUUGAACCCUGCCUUUCUUUACAGCAGCUUUGUCAUUUCUCCAUUCAGUUUUAAUUCUACGGAUGAUAAAUAUCAAGAAAUGCCAGGGAACGACAUUUCAUUGCUAUGCUUUGCAAAACUUUUGUCAUGCAUUUGGAUCGGGUUGGUUCAGGUGUAUCUGUGGCAUAUCCUGUACCUUUUUCUCAUCGGAUUCAUCGCCGUUUCCCGAUCUGUAGAAUAUUGCUUGAAGAUCAUUACAUCGAAAGAGUCCAAAAUUGAGAGUGUGCUCUCAAAAAAUAAAAUGUACGCUGAAUCAAUCAGUGUUAUCGGACGGAGGGUGCAGUGGGACGACAUGAAAACUUUCUACGCUGACGUGGAGAAAGCAAUCGUGUUCUUUGAAAAGCUGCGACGAAUCGUGCAAGACUGCAACUCCAUUUUUAAAUGGUAUCUCUUCAUGAAUUUGGGAAUUUCCAUCCUCAUCAGCGUCCUCCUCGCGUAUAUUCCCAUACGACAUUGGAAAACCGUUCCUGCCCCCGGUCUCGCCUUAAUCGUCAUCACAUUCUUCGCCUUCAUCUACAUUUGUACGAGAUUCUACCCCAUUCUCGGCUACGUUUAUGACAACUCGAUUAAAUUUGUGAACAAAUGGAUACGAACGUUGGUAGCGAGGGACAGCGAAUCGAUCCAUCGGAACGUUUACUGUAAACAUGACAAAGGCCGGUUGUGGAAUAAUGCGGCUGUUGGGCUGGGUUUUUGGGACGAUGACUCCUACAAUUGCAUAACACGGUCAAGAGGCAAAAUGCUGAGGAGAAAGCUGAAAUGUUAUUAUCCCUUCAGUGUGGAAAGUUCUUUUUCUUUCGGACUCAAACCAUGUUAACCUUUUUCUCUGCCCUUUCAACAUACUUAUUCAUUCUGUUGCAAUUCAACUUGUAGUAUUUAACACAAUUUGCAAUUUUUAUUUGGUGGUCUAAAAAAAGUUUAUCCACAGAUGCAAAUUCUUAUAUGCUUAGAUUCAUGACCUCGUUCCGUCUCACCUUUCACCUUUCGCCGUCUCAUCAGAAUGGAAAUGUUAAAUGAAAGACGCUUCUGUAUCAAUUUUGUCAUGACUGACUGACGUCGUUGGAUGGUGGAUGCAACUCCCGAACCGAUCCGAACAUUUUUAAUGCAACGUUGUCUCAUAUACUUAUACAUCCUCUGCUACUGCUGUCUCUCUCUGCGAAAUGUUACUACAUACAUGGACAGAAUCGGGGUUUGCGAAAUCCAUCCAUUCUAUUUUAUUCUAUCCAGCCAUGAUAUACACAAAGUGCGGAGGUACAGACGAGAUCUGCAACUCGGGAUAUGAGCUGCUGCACAAUGUCUCAACUUAUCAUAUUGCACGGUGCAAAUUCCAGGGU